UCGAUCGGGUUAUAUAUGUUGGGCUUGAGAUUGGCCCAUGUGGUCACCAAGAUCUAUUACGAAUUUCCGAGCAAUUUACAGUACUACCUAAACCAUAUGCCCCUUCUCAUCUCGCCUUAACAAAUGUGGAUGAUGAUGAUGAUGUCCCGCUUCAACCGAUUAAUCCAGCCUACGAUGCAUGAUGCAUUUCGUGGCCCUGCUUUUCUGACUAAAAUAUUGAGGCAAUAUCACUCUAACGGGAUCGAUCCAACAAAACCAUUAAGUAUUAUCAACCCGUGGGUAGUUAAAGAGCCACGUGAGGCAACAUUGAUGAGCGAUCUAUCAACUACUCGUGAAAUACUUGGACCCGGUAUGAUUCUCCUGAGGAAUUUCAUCAGCGUCAAGAACCAGGUUGAUUUAGUGAAAUUAUGUGAAAAGUGGGGUUUGGGUCCCGGGGGCUUUUACAUUCCCAGAGACCGAAAUGGAGAAAAACUUCGACUGCAAAUGAUGUCUUUCGGGCGAAACUGGGAUCCAGUAACAAAGUAUGAGAAACCUUUUAGAAGUGAUGGUUCUAAACCACCACCACUUCCAUUUGAACUUAUUUCGUUGGCUGAAAGCGCGAUUCAAGAUGCUCAAGCUCAUCUGGACGGACUUCCUUCAAUGCACCCAGAUAUUUGUGUAGUCAAUUUCUAUUCACCGGUCUACGGUCGACUUGGCCUUCAUCAGGAUUGCGAUGAAAGCUCCGAAAGUCUACAAAGAGGGUUGCCGGUGGUUUCGAUGUCUAUUGGGGACUCUGCAGAAUUCUUGUAUGGCCAUACCAGAGAUGCUAGCAAGUUAGAGAGCCUUUAUUUGGAGUCAGGUGAUGUGUUGAUAUUUGGUGGCAAGUCUAGACUCAUAUUUCAUGGGGUGAAUCGAGUCUAUCCACACACUUCUCCUCAGGAAUUCAUAGACCAAAUAGCCCUUAAACCUGGCCGUCUAAACCUUACUUUUAGGCAAAUUUGAUCAUAUACUCUUAUGCAUAUGUACCGUUUAGCUUCUUUCUUUUUUUUUUUAAUUUAAAAAAUCUCUCUUCCUUGGGAUCUUGUGGGCAAUCUCAUCAUGUUUCUGCUACUGAAAUAAUUGCCCAACAUGCCAUAUUUUGUGCCUCCGUAGUAAUGUUUUUUAAGGUUUAUUUGAAGUGUACACUAUUGUACUCCCCCACUUCAUUAAUUUCUUUUUCAGAAUGAUUCUUUCUAAUAAAGUAUUUUUUUUGAC